GUAUGUGUGUGUGUUUGUAUGUGAUCAUUUACUGCAGGUGAACAACAACACUUUCUAGUUAAAAACAAUACAAUAAGUUUUUCUAGCCAACAAGUUCGAUUUUCGGGCAUUUUCAAGCACCACAGCAACGGCAAACAGAGAAAAAAAAUCGCCCAGUCGAAGCAACGAAGAAACAACAACAAUACAACGAAACAAAAGGAAAUAAAAUGUCUGAAACAUACGAUUACCUGUUCAAGUUUCUAAUAAUAGGCAGCGCCGGCAGCGGCAAAAGUUGUCUCUUGCAUCAUUUCAUCGAAAGCAAAUUCAAGGACGACAGCUCGCACACCAUUGGCGUUGAGUUCGGCUCACGAAUUGUGAAUGUGGGCGGUAAAUCGGUGAAGCUACAAAUAUGGGAUACAGCUGGUCAGGAGCGAUUCCGUUCGGUGACACGUUCUUAUUAUCGUGGUGCUGCUGGCGCUCUGCUCGUCUAUGACACCACGUCGCGGGAUUCGUUCAAUGCGUUGACCAAUUGGCUAAAUGAUGCACGUACUUUGGCCAGUCCGAAUAUUGUUAUACUGCUGGUGGGCAACAAAAAGGAUCUGGAGGAAGCGCGCGACGUAACAUUUCUAGAAGCGAGCACCUUUGCCCAGGAGAAUGAACUUAUCUUUUUGGAGACGAGCGCCAAGACGGGCGAGAAUGUUGAGGAGGCGUUUCUUAAAUGCUCGAAGACCAUAUUGGCCAAGAUAGAAACAGGCGAACUGGAUCCAGAGCGCAUUGGCAGUGGCAUACAGUACGGUGGCGCCGCGCUGCGUAAUCUGCAAACGCGGCAGCGCAGCAUAAAUAAGCCCGAUUGCACCUGUCGCGUGUAGAGUUGAUGAUCAGAUGAUCAUCAUGAUCUUCUCAUUCGAGUCGCAUUGCAUGCACGCGAACAAUAACUGUAUUAGUUUAGGAAGCAAAGAAAAUUAAUCUCAUUUAAAUUGCAACGCAAUCGCAUUAGACUUAGUUUAAUGUUUGUUUGUAUGUUUCUCUUCAAAUUUAUCUCUCAAUCUGUUCCAAUUGUUUAAAGUUUAAAACGUAUCUGGUGGCAUUCCAAAAGAUGUUAGUUCGUUGAAAGUGUUUGUUUUUUGUUUUUGAUUAAAUGACUUUUAUUUUGUUUUUUGUGUAACUUCAACUGCUGAAUUAAUUGUACUAGUUUCUCUCGAACGACGUUACUUAUUCUAAAUUGUAAGCACUUAUUAUAAACCAGUGGCGGGCCCAAACAAUAACAACAACAACGUUUAAUAAUUACCAAUUUUAAUGCGCCCAGCAUUUUGUAAAUAAGCCGCGUCAACUUUGAACGUUGACAAAGCGCAAGUUGUAAAGAAAUCGAAAUAAAUUAUGCACGCGGUGAAUAAAAACGCAUACUAAAAUAUA